AUGUCUCAAUUUGUAUUCAGUGCAUUUGAUCCGCCCUCUCUUGUGAUGCCUACACCCUCAGCCGCCCUCAACUCUCAAAAUUCCCAUGACGCAACUCAUGCACUGUCCAAUGGGCGUUCCGCGGAGAUCUUCAAGUUCCAGACGGGCAAUCCAACAGUGAAGUAUGGCUCAUAUGAAGCUGAUGUUGCAUCGGGGCAAUACACAUUGUGCUGGGGCACAGUAGCUGAACUGGAGGAAUGGAUCAAAGCAGAGGAGCGGAAACUCUGCGUCAAUCUUCCCCUCAAAGAAGUUGUCCGGAACAAGAACAAACGGAAUCACGAGUGGAUUCAGAAGAGGGUGUACACUUGCGGCAGAAUGCCGACAGGGGGUAAGAAAAUAGAUGAUAAGAAAUUCCCAGACCAACAACGGAGAAUCGAAACCAAGCGGUUGUACUGCCCAUGUCGGUUGGUUGCAAAACAAUAUCCUCACACAACGAUCAUCCUUGGGCGUUAUGAAGCUGACCAUUCACAUCCUACGGGCCCGAGAAACCUCAUCUACACGUGUAUACCUGACGAGGCACGCGUACUCAUCAAGCAUCUGCUGCGAGAUGGGAUGCAGCCACACCUUGUUUUGUCACAGAAAAUCGAAGCAGAAAGUAUCCGCCUCAACCAACAUGAUGGUCUCUCUAUCCUCGAAUGGGUCGAGCAUCUGAAGACAAUUGAUGCUCUCUUAUUUUUCAAAGCAAGCUGUGAUCCUUCACCACCCGAUUCUUGUCUCGACGCCGAUACAUUUGUUCUCGGAAUCCAAACUCCAUACCAGAAGAAAUGCUUCCGGGUAUGGGGCCAUGACUAUGCUGGAAUAGAUGCUACACACAACACAACAGUCUACUACGGUGCGCUUCUUUUCACUAUUGUUGUCCGUGAUCGACACGGCCAUGGCUUUCCGGUUGCCUGGAUGCUCUCGUCGAAUGGCAAAGCGGACACUAUCCGCUACUUUCUCGUGCAUCUUCGGAAGCAAAACCCAGACGUCAUACCGCGUCGCUUCAUGUCAGAUAUGGACACUGCUCAGCUCAGAACGCUUGCCAAGCUCUACCCGGAAACGCUGAUCCUGCUCUGCUGGUGGCAUGUCCUCCAUGCUUGGCAGCAGCAUUUCAAUAUUCAUGCCUACGAGGAGCUGUGGAAAAAACUGGAGGGCUGGAUUUGCAUCACGGACAAGACAAAAUUCUGGGACUGCUGGGAGGAAAUCAAGAUGAUAGCACCGAAAGGCAAGGCCGGCACUGAUGUCCGUGGCCCACUGCUUGGCCCGCAUGUAAACUCAUCCGAGCCAUCGGAGAGCGCACAAUCUCCUGCUGAUGCGAGUGCCGCACCUACCCAAGCUCUGAUUCCCACCAAGAAGCGCAAGGGAGAAGGUCUCGAUGGCUAUGUAGAUCAUCCGUUGUCAAAGAGCCAAAAAGAGAUUGCCGAUGUCAAGUUCUUUCGAUUCAUUGUGCACAGUAACAGCGCAUUUCGUGUUGGAGACAACCCGUAUCUCAAAGAUUGGAUCAAUACCCUUCGUCCAUCUUAUGAGAUUCCCUCUCGCUAUGUGCUCAGCAAACGACUACUGGAUGCCAAAGCUUCGCGUGUGAAACUGGAGGACAUUGAUCGUGUCAAAUCACAGCGGGCCCAGACACUGCUCUUUGAUGGAUGGGAGGAUAAACUUCGGCGGAGCUUGUAUGGCACGGUCUCUGCUGGGAUGGGUCAACACCCCACAGUUCUUGCAUUGAAGGACAUGACCGGUGCUCGUGGUUCGGCAGACAAUCACCUCGAAACUAUCAAAGCGGCACUCUCCUCCAUGGAGAUUGGUGAUGCAAAGAAUAUCAUCGCUCUGACCACAGAUAAUCCCACGGUGAUGCGGUCAUUCCGGUCGAAGUUCCAGGCUGAAUUCCAUUGGGUACUUACUUUUGCGUGCUUCCUGCAUCUGUUGAACACAAUCAUUGGUAAGAUCACUGUCCAUCCGGACAUGAAAAGCUACAUCAGUGCCAUGGCCACUGUUGUCUCGUUCUUCAAUAGCUCUCACUACUGGGGAGGCCAACUUGCAGACGAAGCCAAGAAUCUUAAGAUUGGACGAUCAUUGAAAGGCCGCACAGAGUCGCGUUGGUACUCACUGAUAUUACAGGCCCUCAGUGUCAUUGCGCAUCGCACUGCUCUUUUGGUACGAAUCUGUAAACCGAUCAUCGACGCCAUUGGCAAUCUCGAAUCGAGGGAAGCUAACCUGGCAGAUUGCAUGCUCGAGCUUCUCCGCUGUGCGCAGCAUGUCACCACCUUCGAGUUUGUGGUUGAUCGAGACAGUCUUUCGUUCUCAGAUCAUGCACGUAACACAUUCAUGCGCGAAUUCUACGAGAUGAACACGGCCGUCCAUUCCCUCGCACUCUUUCUACAUCCACAGUGCCGUCGGCUCGCAGUCUCACAAGUGGCAAAGAGUCGAACAUUCAAGGACAUGUGCGUCACAGCAUGUAAUAUCGCUACUCAAUGGAAAUGGACUCCAGCACGGUCCAGUCUGCUCGUUGAUGACAUGCAGCGAUACCACGCACAUCAAGGUGUGUUUGCGGGAGGACUUCCGGAUGCUCUGGAGUGGUGGACUAGCUUAGCGAUCACCGGGGCCGCACAUCCACUCAAGACGCUCGCGAUCACUCUGUUCUCGGUCGUGCCCCAUUCUGCGGACGUCGAACGGCUCUUCUCAGGUCUCUCAGGGAUUCAGGGUGUAAAGCGCUGUAAUCUCAGUGUGCCGACGUUCGAGAUGCUCGGUAAACUGCGCAACAACUACGCUUACCAUGUCCACCUAGCGCAAAAGGCACAAGGGCUGACGACGCGUCGAAAGCAUGGCCAUAUGCAUACACGUGCCAAACCUGGGAUCGACACUACCCUAGCUGACGAAGUGGAUGCUCAUUUCUCUUGGCAACCACCGCUGCUCAUCGAAGAAGUCGAAAACGACGUGGGCCCGGACACCAGCAGUGGAUGGGCGGAGGGCGAGAUGGAGAGGGAACUGGCAGAGUGGGAAAAUAGACUGGCGGAAGAAGCUCGCCCCCAACUUUCCCACCCGGUGCCUCAACCCUUUGAUACUUACGACUUCGAAGAGCUUGCCCGCAUUGACGCCGGGAUCUUUCAAAAUAACUUCGAUGAGGAUCAUUCGAUACACAUCGACGAACACGCAGUGGGGGGAACAUGGGAUAUACAAGCCCUUCUGGCUUCCAAAGGCAUCUCCGCCUAG